UCAACCCUCGUCAGUAUUAGCGCGCCAUCAUGGCGACAGGCGUGCUGGUUUGUGCUGCUUGGUAUUAUACAAUCUUAGCAGGGUUCUACGUACUUUAUUGUCCAGUUUUGUAUUUAAUGUUUAUAAAACACAUACUAUACAGAAAAGUAGUGGAUGUACUUUUCUCGCUAUGGGAGCUGUAUCCUGUGGCAUUAUUUCAAUGGUGCUGCAACACGGAACUGCAUCAUUACGGUGAUCAUGUGAAUCCAGAUGAAACGACCAUAAUUGUAAUGAACCAUCGGACGAGAGUUGAUUGGAAUUAUGUGUGGAUAGCUUUGUAUCACGCAACUCAAAAACGUGAAAGAAACACCGACUGCACGUGUAAAGAUAAAAAUAUUAAGAAACCAGAACUUAAAAGGGAUUUAUUUAAUGUGAUCACGAGAGGAAAAUCAAAAAUUAAAUUCGUUUUGAAAGACGAAAUUAAAACGGUUCCAGGAAUGGGUUGGAUAAUGCAGCUCAAUUAUUUUCUAUACGUAAAGAGGAAUUGGCAACAAGAUGAAGUAAGCAUGACACAGUUUGUGGACUAUUAUAAAAGACUUCGAUACCAUCACCAGGUAGUGUUAUUUCCGGAAGGAACCGACUUGAGCGAAGACAAUAGACGACGUAGUGAGAAAUUUGCUUUAUCAAGACAAUUACCGAACUUUGAGUUCGUCCUGCAUCCGCGCACGACGGGCUGGGCCGUGCUUUGUUCUCGCUUGCGAACUUCUGGACUUGCGUCUGUGUAUGACGUCACUGUUGCCUACGAUGCGCCCGCGCAGACUGAAAUGGAUUUACUGCAUGGAAAAAUGCCUAAGCACGUACAUUUUCACUUUAAACGUUACGACAUUGACGACUUACCGUACGAAGAAGAAGAACUGAGAACUUGGCUUCAAGAUCGUUGGAAGGAGAAGAAUGCAAGCCUAGAGAGAUUUCAUAAAGACGGUUCAUUCAUCGACUUCCCGUUGAAUGCUGCACCAAAGAUACAAGAGCCUCGUCCCCUCGGAGUUGCCAAACUGGCAUUUGUGUUCUGGACUGUAAUAGAUGUCUUGUUUAUCUUUUGGCUGUAUUACAGCGUAUUAUUCAAGUUUUGGGUAAUAUAUCACACUUUAUUGUUUAUACUAGUGACGAAAUAUUUUGGUGGUUUUCAUAAUAUUCAAUAUAGAAUUCUAGACAAGAUAAAUAUUAGGUAACUAAUCUGCUAUAUAAGGAAACAGGAGUCACAGGUGUGACUGCAAUUUAUUUUAUUGACGUUAGAUUUUCAUUUAUCUUCUACGCAUUUUGAUUAUGAUAAAAGUCGGAAUUAUAUUGAUAAUGAAUAUUAAAGUUUAUUGCGUUCAGAUAUA